AUGGUCCUCGCCACGACGCAGGGACCCAAGGCGAAGCUCUGGUUCGACGCGGGUUUCAAUUCGGAUGGCGUCAGCACCGACGCCCGCUACAUGCAGGCGUUUUACUUCCUCGGCAUGCCCCUCGCGGGUUACAACAACCCCGCGGACCGCAACGAGGAGCAGCGCGUCCCCGGAAACGAGCUCUUACUCGCGGCGAGCGACGCGCUGAAGGAACGGUUCAACAUGAAGGAGACUUGGUCGAAGAGCAGCUUCCAGACGGAGGCUGUCACGACAACCGCGGAUGGCGGGAUGAAGGUAUACUGGUGGUCGCUCCCGGGCCAGGAGGACGAGUGGCUCACGCUGAGCGACAAGGACCUCAACUGGACUGUCCUCUCCUUCCUCGGCGUCAUGGCAUACGUCGCCUACCACACCGGAUCCAUCAUCAUCAGCGCGACGUCGAUGAUGAUGACUGUGACUUCCAUCUUUGUCGCGUUUUUCUUGUUCCGCGUGGUGUUCCAGGUCUCGUUCUUCCAGUUCAUCAACUUCCUCAUCAUCUUCGUGGUGAUGGGCAUCGGCGCCGACGAUGUGUUUGUGUUCAUGGACGCCUUCCACCAGAGCAUAGACGAGCUGAGGGCCAAGAACAAGCCCGCUACGCUGCCGCACAGGAUCAAGCACACGAUGCGCCGAGCGCUCCACGCCAUCUUCGUCACGUCCUUCACGACCUCCGCCGCCUUCUGCGCCACCGCCCUGUCGCCGCUGAUCCCGCUGAGGUCGUUCGGCGUGUUCUCGGCGCUGGUCAUCUUCUGCGUCUUCGCGAUCAACGCCGUGGUGCUGCCGCCGCUCACCGUUUUGUACAUUCGAAACCUCCAUGGCCGCGGCUGGAUCGGAUCGCUCAAGGCCAUGAUCCAGGGCGUCCUCCCGUUCACGGUGUUCACCCUCCCCGCGUACGAGGAUCCGGGUCUGGCAUUACCCGAUGACGAGGACAAGGCCAUGGCCGCGUCGACCGACCCGGCAGAUAAGUACAACGUGAAGCACAUGCGAAUGACGGAGCGGUUCUUUUAUGUCCGCUAUUUCAACUUUCUCAACUCGCCCGCGAAGUACGUCAUCCUCGCGGCGUUCGCCGGCCUGUUCGCUGGGGGUGUUGCGCUGUGGGUCAGUCUGGAGGUCCCGAAGGAGCCCGAGCAAUGGUUCCCCAAGUCCCACAUGUUCCAACAGUAUCAGGACAUGGGCAGCCAGAAGGUCAUGAAGGGCGGAAGCAAGGCUGAGAGACUCGACGUGAGCCUCGUAUGGGGUCUCGACGGCCUGAACACCAAGGGAACUGAUCCUUGGAUCCCGUCGGAUCUUGGAGAGGUCACGUACGACGCGAACUUUGACCCAUCUACCGCCGCGGCGCAGAAACACAUCAUGGAGUCGUACGAGUCCCUCAAAACUGCCCCAUGCACCGCCAAGGCGUGCAGUGGCGGCAAGCUUGUGGACCCCGUGGUCACGAUCCGGAACAUCCUGGCCGAGACCGACGCCAGCGGCGCGGUCGUCGGUGGGUUUUACAAGUACCUCAAUGCCCUAGGCGGGGCGUACGCCAGCUCGCACCCCGUGAACGCGCCGAUCGUCGGCGACGCAUUCAACGUGGAAAUGUGUAAGUACAGUAAGCUUGAUGCCACGAAAGUUCGCUACGCCGGGCACGUUGGGUACUACGUGAAGGACUGCGACGCUUCGCCGGUGCCGAGCGCGACGUUCAUCCUGAUAGAGGCCACCAGCAGCAUCCGCAUGCCCCAGGCGCCCGUGGACUUUACCGAAGCACAGGAGGCGUGGGAGGAUUUCGGCAAGUCGCUUGACACUGGCGCCCCCGCUGAGCUCACCGGUGCGGAGGCCACCAGCACCAACAUCUUCUGGCUCUGGUCCGUCACCUCCAUCUCGCUCAUGGACAACGUCUACCUCGGCCUCGCCGUGUGCUUCCCGAUGGUGUUCUUCGUCCUGUCCGUGUCCACCGGUAACGUCAUCCUCGCGUUUUACUCGACGAUGACAAUCGCGGGUAUCGUGACCACGGUGAUUGGCAUCGGCGCCGGCGGUCUGAUGGGCUGGGACCUCGGCACGACGGAGGCAAUCGCGGCGGUCAUCGUCAUCGGGUUCAGCGUCGAUUACUGCGUGCACCUCGCUAACGCGUACAUCGAGAACGACGCUGUCGACAGGGUGAGCCGCACGAGGAUUGCGCUCACCACGAUGGGCAUCUCGGUCACCGCGGGCGCAAUCACCACCAUCAUCGCGGGUGCCUUCCUCGGCCUCUGCAUCCUCACGUUUUUCGUCAAGUUCUCGUUCCUCAUCUGCUGGACGAUCAUCUCGAGCUACAUUUGGGCCGUGAUCUUCUUUGGGGCUCUGUGCAUAACCGCCGGACCGAGCGGAAAAUUCGGGGACAUCUCGUGGCUGCUGGCCAAGAUGUUCCCUUGGUGCCAUUGAUGA